AAACAUCCUAGAUCGCAUCCCCAGUCUAUAUAUCACUCUCCAUUGUCUCCAAUAAUAGCCCCAUAAUCUAGUCUCACAGUAUUCCCAAAGGAGUACCUCUCUCUCUAGAUCUCUCUCUCCUCAAGCCACCAUGGUAUCCCCCAAAGAAGAAGAAACCCUAUUAUACGGCAAGAAAAUCUCAUCGGUCGGGCCGGGCCAGGUCACCGGAGAGCACGUGAUCCACGAGCCAACAAGCAUGGACCUAGCCAUGAAGCUCCACUACCUCAAACCAGUUUACUACUUCAGGAGCCAAGCAGUUGACGGGCUGACCACAAUGGACAUCAAGGAGGCCAUAUUCACGUGGCUCAACCAGUUCUACCCGGCCUGCGGCCGAUUCCGGCGGGCCGAGUCGGGCCGGGCCUACGUCAAGUGCAAUGACUGUGGGGCCAGGUUCAUUGAGGCCCAUUGUGGAAAGAGCCUUGAUGAGUGGAUGGAGAUGAGGGAGGAGGAGGAGGAGGUUUCUAUCGAGAGGCUGCUUGUUCCUAGUCAAGUUAUUGGGCCUGAGUUGCCUUUCUCUCCACUAGUUCUUUUGCAGUUAACAAAGUUCAGAUGCGGUGGAGUGUCAGUGGGCCUUAGCUGGGCCCAUGUUAUGGGAGAUCCAUUUUCAGCCGCAGAGUUCAUGAACGCAUGGGGCCAAGCCAUGAGGGCCCAAAAGCCUGCCCUACCACUCAAACAAGGCCGAACACCAACCAAGCCGGAAACUUACCCGAGCCCGCCCGCACCGUUCAAAGAUCCGCUUUCCGUCAAACGGGUCGGCCCAGUUGGAGACCAUUGGGUGAGUCCCAAUAACUGCAAAAUGGGAACAUUUUCCCUAAAUCUUUCUACCAAACAGAUGAAUCACUUGCAGUCUAAGGUAUCCGGCCAAGUUGGAAGUAAUCCAAUUCCAGUGUUUGAGUCCAUAUGUGCCCUAAUUUGGAAAGCUGUUGCGAAAAUUAGAAAUGGGCCUGAGCCCAAGGUAGUGACAGUAUGCAGAAACGACUCCCGCGGCCAAAGAGAAAAGGGUAUUUUGGGCAAUGGACAAGUUAUCAGCAUUGUUAAGGCCGAAUUUUCGGUAACCGAGGCUGAACCGAAGGAGCUCGCGGAGAUGGUUAUUAAUCAAGCCGAGGACGAACGGAGCCUGAUCAGAGAAGCGAUGGAGAGAGAGGGAGGGUUGCCCGAUUUCGUCGUUUACGGAGCGAACUUGACUUUUGUGGACUUGGAGGAUGCUGAUCUUUAUGGGCUGGAGUUUAAUGGGCAGAAGCCCAUUUAUGUGGGCUACGACAUGGACGGAAUUGGGGACGAAGGGGCUGUAUUGGUAAUUCCAGGGCCCAAAGAUGCCACCAAGGUCGUGACUCUAAUCAUGCCAGAGAGUGAAGUGUUCGAGCUUAAAUCUGAGCUGAAAAGGGAGUUAUCAAUUGCUUGAGUGAGUGAAAUUAUGGACAAGUAAUUGUGUGCUAUGAUCAUGAAUAAUUUCCUAAUAUGCCUUUGCUUGAGUAUAGUUUGGAUGUUGCUUUUGUAGGGACUUUUACGAUUCAGCUUAAAUAGCUUAUUUGCAAUAAGCUGAUCUCGAGUGCCGCUGUUUAUGAAAUCCGUUAUGUAAGUGUUGCUGUCUUCAUUUUGUCAAAAAGCUUAUUUGUAAUGAAAGAGCUAUUUUCAA